AUGUUCCUCCUCACCAAGUUUAGCUGUUUGAAACAGUUUGAUAAUCGAUUCUACCGUUCUACGGCGGGACAGAGAAGCUCGGGGUUUCUAAGACUCUCUUACACAGCAUCUCCGGGCUUCUGUCUCAAACGGAUAGCUGAGGUUGAGGCCUCUGUUAACAGUUACUUACUGUGUACAUCAAUAUACCACAACAGCUUUAAAGCACGUAGACAAAACAAAAAGAAAACAUACAACAGUGAGGAUUCGCUGGUGGUCACCCACCCAACUACUAACUCACCGGCGUGUGGCUUAAGUACGGCUGAGCGGACGGGAAGCCCUGUUUUCCACACCCUAUGGUCGUAUGUAUUGGGUAUAGUGAUGGGCUGA